GCUGGUUUCUGCCGCAAUGCUGCUUGAACCCGUUGUCGAGAUUUUUUUGUUUUGUUUUUAGCUCCUCGCCACCUUGGUUGUGAUAGCAGGUCUUCGCAAUUUCACGCGCGCUAAGGUUUAGAUUAGGAAUAUUUUUCUAGAUCCUUUUUUUUUAUUUCGAUUUUUUUCGAUUUUUUUUAGAGAUGUUGGUGGAAUUUCUGCGUUUGUGCGAGUGUACUUGGCGCACUUGUGGCGUCGGGAGAGAGUGGUGGAGCCCCUUGUGUGCCGAGUUCUUGAUUGUAGUUGGUUUCAAAUUGUCUGCUUCUGUGUAGCAUUUUUCUUUCUAUUCUUUUUUCAUAUAUUGAUAUGGUCUGUAUCGGAACACACGUGAAAAUGCGAGUAGAAAUUGAGUUGACAAAGGAAGUUCAAGAAGGUGUGAAAACUCGAGAGUGGUGUAUGACAGCGGUAGUUGAGCAGCGAUGGCGAGGAAGCGAAAGGAGAGGACAGAGGAUGAGGUGUGGUGAAUUUUUGUAAACCUCUGAGGCAACGGGUGUUGAAUCGGUGUCAUCGAUGAUUAAGUGCAGUGUGGCAACGACUGGAAUGGACUAGCUGCAGGUAGAACAAUUCGUGACGGUGAGUGUUCCUGCUCAGUGAUCACUUUUCGAAGUUUGCGGUCUGAAGUUAGUUCAUCGCGACUGCUUAGAAUGUGGUUGUGGUAGGAGACGACAUUCGAUAUUUCAAUAGAAAGUCUUUACAGUCCUCGGAAAUAUGCUUUUUCUGAACAAAAGGCUUUUCAAUCUGUUUGUUUGUAGAGACCCGUGUGAUGAUGGAUAUGUAAACCCUUUUAGCUUCUAACUUAGGAUUGGACGUAAGUUAUCAGUAAGAGGGAUUUGAUCGCCACUUUUUGUGCGACCUCACAAACUCUCUUGAUUAUACUUUUUUUUUUUUGUUUGUUUUUCUGGAGAUAUUAAGAGCAGCGAUCUAGUGCUAUCAUUCCGCGUCUCUCUGCUUGUCUGUAUUACUUGCGGAGAGUCGGAACAUGUUGCCGGAGUACUUCCUGCAUUCGCGGAGAGCGAUCUUGGAUAGUAUCAAGUUCUGUAAAAUCAUUGAAAUUCUUGGACUCUUUGAGAGGGCGUGGAAGACAUUUAUCAUUUCUCCUCUCAGAUGUGCGCAAACUACAUCGUGAUCGUGGGAUGUUGCGGAGAGGAUUUCCUUUAUGGCUACGGGCUCAAAAACAGAUGUACUUCAGCUAGAUUCUAUUGUUGGCGAAAUACUUAAAGCUAAUCAGUUUGAUGGAACCCUCUACUGGACGAAGCAUUGGAACAGGAAAAAUCUAGGAAGUCGGUGCUUUGAUGUUGAGAUGAGGUGGAAAUGUUUGAUGGUAAUAACUUGCUGAGGUCGGCCAGUCCCUGCAGACUCUUAGGCCUUGAUCGGCGCACCGAUAUUACAGAUCAAAUAGUGCAAAGGUUUCUUCAACAAUUGCAAUUUCUCCCAAGCAAUGUCUCGGUACUCAAGAUUACCAACAGUAGGUUCUGGCACCUCAGAGGAAAGAGUUCGUUACACGCCAUCGAACUCGGCUCAGGCAACCUUCAAGCUGGAAGGUGUUCGAGAGAAAAAGUCUUGCCACAGCACAGGGAAUGGAAACAUCUACAACGGUGUUCCCCGGCACCGAAGAGGAAAUUCUGCAUCAGGCAUAUCUGUCAAAAGACUUCGGGAGGGUCAAUUGAUGGACAAGCAUUCCGCUGAUGUGUCUAUGCCUGAGCACUUCUUGGGAACGGCAUUGGAGGACUUGGAUGACAUUGAAAGGCAGACGUGGCAAAAGCAUUGGGCUGAUGCACUGAUGAAGGUGCAGUCUCUUCGCCAUUCAGGUGCAGGCACACGAAGUGAACGAUGGUAUGGCAUCGGGACUGACAUUUAUAGGUCAGCACCUGUGACAAGUCUAGAUGCACAUCUCACAUCCAGUGCGAGAAAGAGCAAUGCCCACGCGGCUUCCUUGAAUUAUUGGAAUUAUUAUCCUGGGCCGUCGGUACAUAGAGAGAUCCCUACGUCGCAGAUAGAUACCACGAUUGAAGGAAAUGACACUGUUGAUUUUGAUGCGCGGAAAAACUCAUUGGUUGAUGGAGCGGUGCCGAAAAGAGAUGGAAAAAAAAAUCGUGGGGGCACCCCAGGUCGAGGCGCAAAGACUGUGACAAAAACGGAAAAUGCGGAUUCUCCUUUGGAAACAUUGAAGCGAAGUAUUCUCAGCGACAAUGGGUAUGAAGUCCGACAAGGAAGAGCUUCUAUCGACCAUGUUCCUGAAAAUUGUAUUCCGCAGGUCAAGAACAAGGCAUCAAACACUGGGUGCAGUUCAAACUCUACUUCUUUCAAACAAUUUAGCGAUUCGCAGAUUCCCAAGUUACACUCUGCACUGGGAGGCCGAGUGCAGCGAACGCAAUCACACAGAUACGGCCGCUUAUCAGGCCAGAAACCUGACCCUAGUCCCCUAUUUGAUGUGAUUGACAACAAUUCCGGCACCCAUCAAAAUGAAACGGCACCAAACUCAAUGCUGAAAAAGGCCAUCUCGAUGCGAGAGGGUGGUGCACACGCAGACGCUGUGAUGGAGAUGGCACAGGUUUACGCAGACAGUAUGUGUGGAGUGCCAAAAACGCUGGACUGUGCUUCAUGCGGCCGAAAUUUGGGGAUCAUUGUGCAGGGCAACCCUGGAGUUGACUUAGCGUUCUGUCAAGCCUGUCGACCAACGUCUUCACAAUGGAAGAAGCCGAUCUUAGACAACGCUGCAGGGUUCAAGAAAAAGAAGAACGGGAUAAUGCAAUUUUGUAGGAAAAUGCUACGCUUAGAGCAAAAAUCAAUUUAAGGCAGAUUGCUUAUGAGACAUAUCAGCAUCGACAGAUCCGUUUCUUUUCGCCUUGGAAAACUGUAAACUUUCAAGAGCUUGUCUUCAUUCUUACGUUGCACAGAUGACCAUGACACCAACCUAGCUCAAAGUAAGUCUUAAUUGCCAUUUGUGGUAGUCUUAUGACUUCACAUUCAUUACAACUACGUUCGUGCAGGUACUUUGGUGUGGCAGUUAUUCCUCGUGGUUACAGCUGAAGGAUUAAAGUGGUGAUCCCAAUGUGCCAGGAAACACAAGUAGAUUGUGAGCAAGUACUUGUGAAGUGUACUAUAAAGCAGCAUACAGAAUCUGAACCGUAUUUGAGGUAUGUCUCUUAAUGUAACUUAUAAACAGUACUCAUGCAUCAUUGUCCACCUACAUGUUUGUACUGUAUGCAGUUGGAGUGUUUCCGAAAGGUCCUGUUUACACCACAAUAAGAUGGACUGUUCAUGGUAUUUUAAUUAUUGUCAUGGCAUUCUCCCAAGGAAUGCUUCACAUUGUCUUCCUUAGGUGAGCAAUAAGCCACCUUAUCUGAUUCUAACCUGUAACAAUCUAUUUCGUGCUCA